AUGGAUCCAUAUCCUAUUGAUUUCUUUGGGGAAUGUAUGAAUAGUCCACAAAAUGGUCAUACUCUUGCAAAUGAGAUAUAUGAACAUAUGGUUGUAGAGAAGGAAAGAGAACCAGAAGAAGGAGAAGCACAAAAGUCUCCCUCUAAGAUUGUUGCUGACAGUCUAAGCCAGAUCAGCCGUUCAUCCAUCUUCCUUCCAAACAUUGGUGUCGCUCGAGUGUCGAAGACUGCACGGUCUACAUCGACAGCCGCAGAAGCACGCCUGCAAGCUCAGUUUGAGGCAACACUCCAAGCAGAAAGAGAGGAAGCUGCUAGGAUGCAGGAACAGUUAGAAGCAUAG